GCUGAGGUUGUAGUGCCCUCAGAUCUCUCGAGGUAACAGAAGUAAACAGUAGCAGCUAGCAGCAUUAGCUAGCUGUGUGUAAUGAAUGAAGUGAAGACGGUACUGAGUCACAGCGCAGCUCAUUAUUGAACGAGUAAUUAAAGAAGAAUGAGUUCAGUUGAGAGUUUGAGAGAGUUUGUCAACGAGCGACUAACUGCUGCUGCUGAAGAAAUAUUCAGAGUUUUUAAAACAACUAUCGUCCAGUACGAGGAAGAGAUCGAUCGGCAGCGCGUCAUGCUGGAUAUCUGCUGGAAACCCCAAGUAAAGUUACACAGGAUAGAGCUCCCACAGCAACAUGUCUGUAAGGAGGAGGAGGUUCUGGCUGACCAGCAGCUCUGUAACCAGGAGAGGAACUCCAGUCUGGACCAAGAGGACCCAGAGCCUCCAGAGAUUAAAGAGGAACAGGAGGAACUCUGCACCAGUCGGGAGGGAGAGCAGCUUGUACUGAAGGUGGAGACGGAAACCGUCAUGUUGACUCCAGCUUAUGAGGAAAGUGACCACAGUGAAGCAGAACCAACAAGUGACCACCAGCUCCUCUCUAACAACUCUCAUGGAGCUGAGAGCCGAGACCAGAAAGGAGGAAAACAUGGAGACUCAGGAUCAGCUGGAGAUGGAGAGCCGAAGGAAAAGAAAAGACAUCACGGAAGCAAAAGUCACAGUGAUUAUGCAAAAAAAUCAUCAGACAUUCAACAUAACACUCACCCAGGUGAAAACUCUUUUGACUGGGACACAUGUGGAAAGACUUUUAAGUCCCGAUUGAAUUCACUCAAGAAAACAUAUUCUUGCCAAACAUGUGAGAAGACUUUCAGUUCUUGUAGUGACUUAAAAGUACAUAUGAGAAUCCACACAGGUGAGAAACCCUUUACUUGCAACACAUGUGGGAAGACUUUUAAGCAAAACUGUGGCUUAACUUAUCACAUGAAAACUCACACAGGUGAGAAACCAUUUCCUUGCAAAACAUGUGGGAAGACUUUUAGGCAAACCAGUAACUUGAAAGUUCACAUGAGAAUCCACACAGGUGAGAAACCCUUUACUUGCAACAAAUGUGGGAAGACUUUUCAGCAAACCUGUGGCUUAACUUAUCACUUGAGAACUCACACAGGUGAGAAACCAUUUACUUGCAAAACAUGUGGGAAAGCUUUCAGCCGACAUACAAACUUGGCAGUUCACAUGAGAACCCACACGAAUGAGAAACCGUAUUCUUGCCAAACAUGUAGGGAGACUUUCAGGCAUCAUAGUGCCUUAACAGUUCACAUGAGAACUCACACAGGUGAGAAACCAUAAUGUUGCCUGGGGAAAGUUUUUCUGAUCCAUCUGCUUUGACGAGACAUUUGAUGGAACGUAUAGGCGAGUAGCCUUGUAUUUCCAAAAUAUGUUGGAUUUGGUUCAGUUCUAGUGUUUCAUGCAUAAUUGCAGAACUUUAACUUUAAAUGAGCUACUUGAAGAAUCCUCAGAGGAUCAAUAUACACAGGAGAAAUGAUGAGCUGAUGCUGAAUGUGAACAAUUUCCCCUUGAGAAGGUGUCAAAAUAUGUUUGUGUCUAUCUUCAUGCUGAUUUGCCAUAUUUAUUAAUAUGAUGAUUAAAAAGUUGAGUUAAUCAGCUCAUUAUUGAAUGAGUAAUUAUUGGGAAUGUGGCCUGACUAUGUGACCUGUACUGACCUUUGAAUAUGAAUAUAAUGUGAAUAUCCUGGUUACUGGGACAAACAGAACAUUAGGAAAUAGGAAUGAGAUCCUAUUGAAUAAGCACAUGCACACAUGCUGUAAAACCAGCUGGACAGAAUUUGAAAUGUUUGGUCAGUCCAGUAAAUAAACAGGAACCCACUAUC